AUGCCUGCGAAUAGUGCUCAGGACAAAUUCGAAGCAAAAUACGAAAAUAAACUAGAUGUUUAUCUCGAUUCGUCCUACAACUCAGAGACUUCAACCUUGCGUGUCUCAAGUCAUUCGAGCGCUGAUUCUCUUCAUCUAAGAACCAAUAAAAAGAGAGAAAAUUCGAACGGUCAACAUCACACCGUCCCAACAAAUGGAGAUACCAAUACACCAAAAAUGGGCCUGAAUAAGCUGUGUCCGAAGCUGAUAGAACCUCGGUCAGACUAUGUCGUGGAAUUCAAUGGCCUGGAUGAUCCUACAAAUGCUAAAAAUUGGCCCCUGAGAAGAAAAUUCUUUUUGUCAAUGGUGCUCGGAUUCACAAACGUAUUGACAGUCUUCACAUCUUCUUUAUUUUCCACAGCGAGCCCUUUUAUCUCGCACGAAUUUAAAGUGUCGGAAAAGCUAGGCCUGCUCGGUUUAUCACUGUAUAUUAUGGGAUUCGCCUUUGCUCCGACUUUUUGGGGUCCCUUAAGUGAGCUCAAGGGAAGAAAGAUGCCUAUAGUCUUGUCUAUGCUAGGCUUUACUAUAUUUCAAAUUGGUGUUGGAGUGGCCGACGAUAUUAAGACAAUUUUAAUUUGUCGUUUCUUGGGAGGAGUUUUUGGAGCGGCUCCCAUAACCAUCACUGCAGCUGUGUUCUCCGAUAUGUUCGAUAAUAAAACGCGGGGGCUCGCCAUCACCAUACUAAGUACAGUUGUAUUUAUUGGCCCAGUCAUUGCGCCUUGCAUCGGCGGCUUCAUCGUGCAGAGCUCUCAUGAGUGGAGAUGGAUUCAGUGGCUCGUAACAGCUUUAGGCUUUAUCGCGUUCCUGCUGAAUUAUUUUUUUCUCGAGGAAACUUAUGCACAGACAAUUCUGGUUACAAAAGCUGUCAAAAUUCGCAGCCUGACUAAAAAUUGGGCUGUUCAUGCCGAACACGAGAUGUUAGAUUUCAGUCUACAAAGCCUCAUUAUGAAAAACUUUUGCCGACCACUUCGCUUACUCUUCACAGAGCCAAUAGUUUUGCUCAUGUCGCUUUAUUCUUCUUUUGCGUUUGGAUUGCUCUUUCUAUCGAUAGGAUCCUACUCUGCCGUCUUUGCGGAGAUUUAUCGCCUACCGCUCGGAAUCAGUGGACUCCCAAACCUAGGAAUGGCUGUUGGUAUCGUAUUGGCAUGUCUAUACCUACUUCUCCUCCAACCUUCUUACGGUCGUAAGCUUGCCGCUAACGAUGAUGUCCCCAUACCCGAAUGGCGCCUACCCUUAAUGAUUACUGGCGGCGUCGCAUUUGCGUGCGGGAUCUUUUGGUUUGGGUGGACAGGUUACAAUCCAUCCAUUCAUUGGAUUGUACCUACGCUCUCUGGCAUCUUCACUGGCUUUGGAAUCCUAGUGAUAUUGAUACAGGUUAUCAACUACCUCGUCGACGCUUAUCUUGAUACCGCUGCUUCGGUUAUAGCUGCUAGUAUGAUGUUCCGCUCUCUGGCAGGCGCGGUCUUCCCUCUCUUCUUCGAUAGCAUGUUCAAGUCAUUGGGAAUCAACUGGACCGCCACUAUCCUAGGCUGCAUUGCGUUAGUGCUUGUGCCGGUAUCCAUACUUUUCUACUACUUUGGCGCCAAAAUUCGUUCCAAAUCUUUAUUUUCAACUGCUCGGGAAUAG